AUGCCCCCCCAAGAACCAAUACUCUUCCUCUGGGGCCUCUCCGCCUGGGCCUCCAAAGUAACCGCCUACUUCGCCCUCCGCGGCAUCCCCUACACCCACUGCGAACAACCCAUCACCCUUCCUCGCCCGGACCUCGCCUCCCUCGGCAUAAACUACCGGCGCAUCCCCCUCCUCUCCCUCGGUCGCGACAUCUACUGCGACUCGCUCCUCAUCCUCGAAAAACUCGAACUUCAAUAUCCCGCCGGUGGUGCGUACCCCUCCAUCGCCGCCACCGAUGCAAAGGACAGAGCACUGGAGAAAUUACUGGAAAAGUGGACGGAUGUAGUGGUGUUCCGUAGUGCCGCGGCGGUGAUUAGUACGGAUCUGGAUCUGAUGAAGGAUCCCGGGUUUCAGAAGGAUAGGGAGGAGUUGUGGGGACGGAGUUGGAGUAAGGAGACGCAGGAUGCGUUGAGGCCCGCGGCGUUGGCGGAGAUGAGGGCGAAUUGGACGUUUUUGGAGGAGUUGUUGAGGGAUGGGAGGGAGUGGGUGCUUGGGAAUGAAAGGAAGGGGCCUGGGUUGGCGGAUAUUCAUGCGUGCUGGAUUUUCGACUGGUUGCUUAUGCUGCCUGGUUCGUUUCCGGAGGAUUACUUCAAUGAGAAGCGGUUUCCGAAUGUUCUCGCUUGGAGGGAACGAUACAAGGCUGCGAUUGAGAAGGCGAAAGAGGCUGCGCCUAAGCCGACUGAGAUUGAGGGCAAGGAGUGCGUGCAGAAAAUUCUCGGCUCGGACUUCAACGAUGAUGAUUUGAAGGUGGAGAGUGAUGAUCCGAGUGGGUUGAAGGAGGGUCAGCAGAUUACCAUGGCGCCAAUCGAUACGGGAUAUGAUAGUGCGGACUCGGGCAAGUUGGUUGGGUUGACGAAUAUGGAGGCGGUAAUUAGCACGACGAGUAAGGAGGGUGGGAAGGAGAUGAGGGUGCAUUAUCCGAGGUGGAACUUCACGUUCAAGGAGACGUGA